GGGAGGAUUACACAAAAGUCCUGCCAAAACCUCACCAAGAUGUCGUGCUACCUACAUCAGUGCCUCCCUCCGGUCUACCAGGAGCCCAUCCCCAUCAAGUGCCCACCGGUGUACGCUGCCAGACACCUGCCAGUGCGUACCUGGCACUCGACACUGUGCAGCCCACAGUAUGUGAGCGCCUGUGUCCCCCGGCAGCAGAUCAUGUCCUCCAGCUUCUCCCAACAGCAGUGUGUGACCAAGUGCAUGCCACAGCAGCAGUAUGCAACCAAGUGUGUGCCGCAGCAGUGGUGUGUGACCCAGCGCAUCCUACAGCAGCCGUGUGUAACUCAGUGUGUGACAACUUGCGUGCCGCAGCAGCAGUGUGUGACCAAGUGUGUGUCGCAGCAGCCUUGUGUGACCAAGUGUGUGCCGCAGCAGCAGUGUGCGACCAAGGGUGGGCCGCAACAGUGUGCAACCAAGUGCGUGACCGCCUAUGCCUCCCAGCAGCAGUGUGCGACCAAGUGCAUCCCGCAGCAGCAGUGUGCAACCAGGUGCGUGACCACAUGUGUGCCACAGCAGCCGUACCUGACCAAGGGCAUCCCACAGCAGCAGUGUGCGACCAAGUGCAUCCCGCAGCAGUGCGUGACCACGUACACCCCGCAGCAGCAGUGUGCGACCAGGUGUGUCACCACGUGUGUCCCGCAGCAGCGUGCGACCAAGUGUGUCUCGCACCGCUUUGUGACCUCUUGUGCCCCGCAGCAGUGUGCCACCACGUACGUCCCGCAGCAAUGUGCAACCAGGUGUGUGACCAAGUGUGUCCCUCAGCAGUCUGCCACCGAGUGUGCUACCAUUUGUGUCCCACAGCAGUGUGCCACCAAGUGUGUCCCACAGCAGUGUGAGACAACUUGUGUCCCACAGCAGCAGUGUGUGACCAAGUGUGCCCCACAGCCGUGUGCGACCAAGUGUGUCCCGCAGCAGCAGUGCGCGACCAAAUGUGUCCCACAGCAGCAGUGUGCCACCAAGUGUGCCCCACAGCCGUGUGCCACCAAGUGUGUCCCACAGCAGCAGUGCGUGACCAAAUGUGUCCCACAGCAGCAGUGUGCCACCAAGUGUGCCCCACAGCCGUGUGCCACCAAGUGUGUCCCACAGCAGCAGUGUGUGACCAAGUGUGUCCCACAGCAGCAGUGUGCGACCAAAUGUGUCCCACAGCCGUGUGCCACCAAGAGUGUCCCACAGCAACAGUGUGAGACCAAGUGUGUCCCACAGCAGUGUGCCACCAAGUGUGUCCCACAGCCGUGUGUGACCAAGUGUGUCCCGCAGCAGCAGUGUGCCACCAAGUGUGUCCCACAGCAGCAGUGUGUGACCAAAUGUGUCCCGCAGCAGCAGUGUGCCACCAAGUGUGUCCCACAGCAGCAGUGUGUGACCAAAUGUGUCCCGCAGCAGCAAUGCCAGUCGGGUGGAGUAAAAAUUUCGAGUCAUUCUAAAAAGUACUGCUCUGCGUCCAAAUGGCCCUGGUAA